AUGUCUCUCCCAGGACCUUCCAGCAGCGGUCCCAACGAUGGAACACCUUCCCAGCCUUUGCCUCAGAAUGACCGCUCAGACCGUGCUCCCCUCCGCAAGCUAUGGGAAACCCUCACUCACCAACACGUUCGCAACAAUGCCGAGUUCAGCCUCAGAGCUCGAUCGACCGUUGUGCAAGAUCUAUACACCGCGAUAGGGAUAAAAAGCUAUCCUCAUUUAUACAUGUGUAACGGUGAUGACCCACCUCUAUAUGCCAUCGUUGAUCAAGAUGGCUUGGAACGUAAUUGGGCCUUGAGAGAUCGACAAUUGGACAUACUUCAUAAAGUCGGAUUAGAGAGGGCAAAAUCUCCAGGGAUGAGGUGUGAUAAAACUUUACCUAAGGGUGCUAAAACUUAUAGCUGUCGGACAUGUCAAGCCGAUGCUUUAUCCGUCCUAUGCACAAACUGUUUCAACGCUUCGGACCAUGAAGGUCAUGAGGUUCUCUUCGGUACGGCAAUCGGCUUUAGUACAGUUUGCGAUUGUAACGAUCCCUCUGCUUGGAGACCAGAAUCACUAGGAUGUGAACAUCAUCCUCCUCUUCAACCCGGUCAAACUUUAAUCGACCAUGCAAUAGAAUACACUUCCCUCACCCCAGGUCUGACAAGAGCCCUCACCACCAAUUUAUACGAAACAAUAUGCGUCACUUUGGAGGCAAUCAUCAACAGCUUUUCACAUAGCUUAUUGCCUAAUGAAUACGGAGAUUUACCCGCAAAUCUCAACGACAUGCUCACUCAUAUUCAUCAGACGGCAGAACCAAAGGAUCGAAGAUCCCAUGGAAGAUGGAGUGUUACAGUCAUCACGGACGAAAAGCAUACCGGUCCGGAAGUCGAGAGGCAAAUGCAAGUGGCCUUAGGUUGUACCCCUGAAGUAGCUGCUACCAUGAGACGUAAAUUGGAUUUGAUGGGUCGUCUCGUUUUGGUCACCACACAUAACCCUUUCAAAGCCUUUCACGCUGCCUCAUCAAUGCGCCUUAUCGAUCUCACUGUUUCUCUCCGUAAAUCCAAUGACGUCUGUAAAGAAGACAUGGGGGCAGCACUUAUUCAAUGGUUACGACACAUGUGCGAGACAACCAUCGGGGGUGAUAUUGAACUUUUUCGUCGACUACUCCUCAGAGCACUUUUAGAACCCAGACUACCCAUGCUCGCUGUCACUUCAGGUAGUGAGGGUACUCCUUUCCCUAGCGAUUUACAGGACCUCGAGUUGGAACGUCCCUUCCCCAUCAGAGGACAAAAGGUUACUCGGCUGGACUGGCUGUUUUACCUUGAUGUGAGACUAUGGAGAGAGUCCCGCUUAGACUUGCGCUCCAUCUAUACACACUUGUGUACUCUGGGUGAAACGGCCAGAAAUUCCUUCGCAUGUCGAUUCUCCAUCAACUACCCUAGACUGUUCGAAUAUUUCAUCUACUAUGACCGCGACAUUGAAGCAAUGUUGAUUCAUUCCCUGGCUGGUCAACUCUUUCCGGAUCCUGUGGCUUCACUCUAUGCCACCGAACGAGCUCAGCUUUUCAACAUCGUCGUCGAUACUGCAUACGCUUGGUACACAUUACAAAUGGUGGAAGAUCGACUCCGCGUUCCCGCUCUGCGUCCUGGUGACCUUCACCCCGAAGCUGAAGCUAUGGUCCGUAUAAACCCGGAUCGUAAUCAUGCUUUUCGCAGCAAGAAAGGAGCGGUCAUCAUGCAACACAUCCGACGUUUACUCAAGAAUGAAAGACUACAACGGCUCGUGGUACGGGUUCCAUCACUUUUCGAUCGUUUUCUUACCCUCGCCAAUAUCUUCGUCGCUAUGCAAUCUCAGGCUAGAGAAAUGGGAGAACACGUCGAAUUCGAGGUCGAUUGGCCGAAAGCUUUUGUUGUCCUCGGAGAAAUGAGUAGAGCUUGCAGGGAUUUCGGCUCGAGUUUCCAGUUUGCCAACUCUGAUCAAAUGUUGACGGCUUUAUCAAGAGUCCUGACCAAAAUCCUACAUGAUCAAAAUAUGGUCACUGAAAUCUUGGAUCCUGAAAAAUAUUACCCCCCGGCCCUCCACAUCGUUUCCAACGUCCUACUCGAAGGGGUCAAGUGCAAGCUCAUUCAGACCGACGUCAUGACCAUCAAGGCAUUCUCGUUCCAUCACUACCUUCAUUUACUCUUUGCUGAACUUCUUCGCUGGGCGCCGGCCGUAGCCCACUUUCAAGAUGAGGAAGGACAAGAUUUGAGUUUUGAUGACUUCGUCGACGCAAUGCUGUUCCGUUCGGAUCUAGGCGAUCCUACCAUUGAUAAGCUUACACUCCUAGAGGUCCCUCUCACAAAAUUCGCCGUCUUCGCUCAUGUUAAAGCUGACAUGUGGAGGAAAAAUGGUGUCGCCAUGCGCAGUCAGGUAACACAUUACCGAGAUAUCGCUUUCCGUGAAGCGACCCUCGAUCAGGAUUUCUUUCUUCUCCAAUUCGGUCUAUGUACCCUCAGACCGGUCAUGUUCAUGACUGCCUUGAUCGAUAAAUUUGAACUCACCAACCUGUUCCGAGGAGACGCCACCAAAGCUUCAAAUUGGAUCUCAGAAGCUUGUCACCCUCGUCAAUACGCGGCGAUCUUGGAAGAGCUCGUACUCCUCGUCAUCAGCCUCUUUUGUGAUACCAGAAUCAUCAGGAACGUCACACGAGACGAAAUAACUCGUUGUCAUCUCAUACAUUUACUGGCACUCAACAGUAUGACUUUCUCCGAGUUAUGCAAAAAGCUACCGGAAAAGAGUUUAGACAAAUCCAUCACUCCUAUCCUUCAAGAUAUCGCAGACCUUCGUGCACCUACAGAGACUGCAACUGGCGUGUACGUUCUAAAACCCGAAUUUUACUCCGAGGUCGAUCCUUACUGGCGACACUACACUCGCAAUGAGCAUCGUACGGUGCAAAACCGACUCAUUCAAGAGGCCAAACGACUGCAUCCUGAGGUCGAAAAUCCUCUAAUUCUCCCACCUCCCCUCAAGAUCCCACCAAAAGGAUCAGCUUUCUCAAAUCUUUAUGAAGGCUUCUACGACCAAACUAUGCCGGCCUUCAUUGGCUAUCUUCUUACUCACUGUCUCAUGUUUGGAGAAAAUCCACAACUCGAAUCUAUCACCGACCUCGCUCUUCAUCUCACUAUGGUCGCCUUGGCCAUCUCUCCACAGUGCUUUGCUGGAUGGUCUUUGCGUGUCGGUGGUGACAAUCCUCGCUUUAGUGUUUUUCAAAGACUUUGGCUCAUGCAGACCAACGAGACGUUCAAAGCCUUCCGUCCCAAGAUUGACUAUAUCCUCAACACCAUUGUGACCCAGUUACCGGACGACAUGACUCAAGACUAUCGGAGACAGAGGGAAGUAUCCAAACAGGUAAUACCUGCUCCGGCGGUUAAGACCAAUGCUGCUGAGAGACAAAAAGCUCUCAUGGCCGAAUUCGCCCAGCGACAAACCCAGUUCGCUGCGAAUCUGUUGGACGAUGAUGAUGAUUUGACGGAAGAAAUGGAAGAUGAGGAAAUCGUGACCUAUGGUCAGUGUAUCGUUUGUCAAGAACAAGUGUCUUCCAAACAGCCGGGAGGAAUGUUGGCGCUUUUACAGCCGAGUAGAAUCUUAAGGGAUGUGGUGAAUGACCGUGUCCAUAACAACGAUUCGUCACAUCCUUCAAAAUCUUCAAGCGAGCCGAUCCGUGGUGCGGAUGAUACACUUUUACCACAAGACCCAGUACCGUUUCAAGCUCAUCCCUCUACUGGUUUACGUUUCGGCGUGCACAUGUCAGCCUGUGGUCAUAUGAUGCACGACAUUUGUAUGACAACAUAUUUUGACGCUACUCGUCAUCGACACUCUACCCAGGUCCAACGGCAUCAUCCGGAGAACGCGAUGCGUCAAGAAUAUCUAUGUCCUCUAUGCAAGAGUAUAGGAAACGUUCUCAUCCCUGUCGAACCGACCAAAUCAUCAACAUUACCCCUCAUACAACCAUCUAAAUCCAAUCCAGGCUUUCCCGUCACCCUCAACGAAAAGAUACGUCUCGUAUGCGAGGAGAGUCUACUACGUGUCAGAGACAGUGGAAAAAUAUGGGAUUAUCAUAUCGAAACGGGAGAGUUGGCACCUUGGUUCACUGAUUGUGUUUUCUAUCAUUCUACUCUUGACUUGGAAAACAGACGAGCGAUGCGUAAUUCAGCUAAAAUGAUCGACAAAUUCCGUGCUCUAGCCAGAGCUUUAUCCGAACAAUCUCAACGACUUCGAGGAAGAAAAUCUCAUAUGUACGUACCAGAAGAUAUCGUAUCGUAUACUGUGGCGUGUGUCGAAGUCACUCAACGAGGAUAUCCAUUACGAGGCGAUAUGAAAUCGGUCGCUGAACAAGUACCCGAGACGACCACAAAACUUAUCAAACAUUUGAUAGGAAUGUUACAAUUGGAACUGGACGUAUUCUUCGGGAUGAAGUAUGAUCGUGCUUCUCUUCCUCCCGAUCUAUUACACAGCGUGAUACUUAUGAGUUAUUACGCCGAACUCACUCGAGUCAUGUUAGGUGUAAGUGUCCACGUUCGACGUUGUUUAGGUAGAUCAACAUCAACACCUAUUCCUUCUCCCACCGACCCAAACUUGGAAGAUGCUUUGGAAAUCUUUGCCGAUUUUCGUCCUAUAAUGUAUGCUGUACUCCGAAACGCAGGUCCUUUUCCAGAUACAGAAUUAGUUUUAACUCAUCUUUCCGACGAAUGGUUAUCGAAACUCUUAUAUUCAUACACUAUAUCUUUCCUGCGAAGAUGCUCUAUAAUAUUUUAUUCUGUAUCAGGUACAUAUCCUUCUCUUCAACUUAUUGAAACAAAAGGUAAAAGUGAAUAUCGUCAAUUACUUGAACUACUUGUCAUUCCAAGUCCGAAAGAAACAUUAGCAAACCCUCGUUCGACGGAAAGUCCUAUUGUGGCAAGAUGGAUAAAUCAAUGGGCUUUACAAGGGAGGACAGUACCGCCGUUGGAAUAUCCGGGAAAAUACGAAUUAUUCAAAUUACCUAGAUUGUUGGAGGAAAUGGUGAUGAGAUAUUUCGAGAUGAGAUGUACUAAUUGUGGGAUUAAACCUACUUGGCCGGCUGUUUGUUUGUUUUGUGGAACGUUUUUAUGUUUAGGAGGUGAUUGUUGUUCUGAAGGAGAACAAGGAGAGUGUAAUAUUCAUAUGAGAGACUGCGGUGCAGCCGUAGGAAUGUUUGUCGAUAUUAAACGAUGGCAUAUUUUGUAUCUCUAUGCUGGUAGUGGAUCUUUUGGUCCUAUGCCAUAUCUCGAUCAACAUGGUGAACUGGACGUUCACAUGAGACGGGGACAAAGACAAUACCUCCAUCUUGGUCGAUUAGACGAAUUGAGACGUGCGGUUUGGUUACAACAUACCAUUCCACAUUUAACAGCGAGGAAACUCGAAUUGACUUCAGACGCAGGUGGUUGGUCUUGUCUGUGA